GCCUCAAGCCUUUCAGAACCUUUCCUCUCAUUGGCAGAGCCCUCUACGCAUGCGCAUCAUUCCUUCCUCCUCCGGCUGAGGGAGGGGACCGGAAGAGACUCCCCAGCGGCCAUCUUUGUCCCUGUGUUUGCCAGGAGUGCGUGGCCCACUUCCUUUUCCUGGGCCGACUUCCUGUACGGCUGGCAUUUAAAGCCCAGCUGUGUCCCCGGAGGGAGGAGGAGGAGGAUGCUCUGGUGCUGCCGCUGCUGCUGCCGGUGAAGGCGAGCUCCGAGGCGGAUUGGCUCCUCACCCUUCAAGCCGGCUCUGCAGAGGCCUUCCUCGGACCUGGCUUGGCCACAGGGUUGCACGCAGAGGGAGAAAGAGAGAGAGAGAGAGAGAGAGAGAGAGAAGGGGGAGAGACUCAGCCUUGUCUUACUGACAGCCAUCACUCACAUUUGAAUUCAAUAUAUUGCCUGUAUUUAAUUUAAAUGCAUUGAAUAGACUGGUGAAUUGUUGUUAUUGAUUUUGAUUGGCAAUAGCCACUAUUCUCUCACCACCCAUUGAGUCAUUGAGUGCAUUUUACUUUGCACCCUUUGCAAUUGUAUUGAUUUACUAUUACUAUUAUUAUUGGUAAUAUAUUGAAUAUUCUAUAUUGAAAAGGGGCGAGAAGGGGGCGAGGCACGGCCUUGUCUUAGUCACAGCCAUCACUCACAUUUGAAUUAAAUAUAUUGCCUGUAUUUAAUUUAAAUGCAUUGAAUAGACUGGUGAAUUAUUGUUAUUGAUUUUGAUUGGCAAUAGCCACUAUUCUCUCACCAUCCAUUGAGUCAUUGAGUGCAGUUUACUUAGCACCCUUUGCAAUUGUAUUGAUUUAGUAUUAUUAUUAUUAUUAUUGGUAAUACAUUGGCUAUUCUAUAUUGAAAAGGGGCAGUUGCUUUGCACCCCUUUAAAAAUACAAUUAUCAACUAUUGUUAUUGAUUUUGAUUGGCAAUAGCCACAAUUCUCUCACCAUCCAUUGAGUCAUUGAGUGCAGUUUACUUAGCACCCUUUGCAAUUGUAUUGAUUUAGUAUUAUUAUUAUUAUUAUUGGUAAUACAUUGGCUAUUCUAUAUUGAAAAGGGGCAGUUGCUUUGCACCCCUUUAAAAAUACAAUUAUCAAUUAUUGUUAUUGAUUUUGAUUGGCAAUAGCCACAAUUCUCUCACCAUCCAUUGAGUCAUUGAGUGCAGUUUACUUAGCACCCUUUGCAAUUGUAUUGAUUUAGUAUUAUUAUUAUUAUUAUUGGUAAUACAUUGGCUAUUCUAUAUUGAAAAGGGGCAGUUGCUUUGCACCCCUUUAAAAAUACAAUUAUCAAUUAUUGUUAUUGAUAUUAGCUGAUAUUCUCUAUUAUCUAAGGGAAAAGGGGCUAAGAUCAAUUGAUUUGCAUUCUUUUAUUUAUUGUUAUCAUAGGUAGACAGUUUGCAAAAGUAGAGAAACUUGCCAGCAAGGAAAGCAGUUGGUGAGAUUUUCUUUAAAUAUUAUCUAUAUAAUUCAGGAGGUCUAAAAGGCAGCAAGCAAUCAAAGCCAUUGGUGGCAUUUUAUAUGUAAUAGAAUAUAUAUAUAUAUAUAUAUAUAUAUAUAUAUAUCUCGCUCAGCUAUAGCUACUAUUUUCUAUCAUCCAGAAAUAGUCGGUAAAGUCAAUUGCUUUGCAAACAUAAGAUAGAUAAUUGCAAAAGUAGAGAAACUUGCCCGCAAAGAAAGCAGUUGGUGGCAUUUUCUUUAAAUUAUCUAUAUAAUUCGGGAAGUUGAAAUAUAGUAAGCAAUCUAGGCGGUUGGUGGCAUUCUAUAGCUACUGUUCUCUAUUAUCCAGAAAUUGUGGCUAAACACAAUUGCUUUGCAAACAUAAGAUAAAUAAUUGCAAAAGUAGAGAAACUUACCAGCAAGGAAAGCACUGGUUGCAUUUUUCUUUAAAUAUAUCUGUAAUUUGGGAGACAGAAAAAGCAGCAAGCAAUCUAGGUAGUUGGUGGUAUUUCAUACAUAAGAUAGGUUAACACUACUAUUCUCUAUUAUCCAGAAAUAGUGGCUAGAGUCAAUUGCUUUGCAAACAUAGAUAAAUAGAUAGAUAAUUGCAGAAGUAGAGAAACUUGCCAGCAAGGAAGGCAGUUGGUGGCAUUUUCUUUUAAGAGAAAAUCAUAUAUAUAUAUUGGGAAGUAGAGAAGAUAGCAGGUAAAUCAGUGGUGGCAUUUUCAUUCAUAUAUAUAUAUAUAUAUAUAUAUAUAUAUAUAUAUAUAUGGAGGUAGCAGAAAGUAAGUCUGUGGUAUCAUUUUCUUUUAAGAUAUAAUAGAUAGAUAGCUAGAUAGGGAUAGUGAGGUAGGGAAGUUAGUAAACAAAGCAGCAACCCUAUACACACACACACACAUAUUAUUGCAGGAAAGGUAGAGAUAAAGGGAGCAGCUAUAUUUUCCAAGAAGACGAACAAGGAGCCCCUUUAAACAUAGAUAGAUAAAUAGAUAAGGUAGAGAGCAAAGCAGCAGUGGCCUUUUCUAAGAAGAACAACAAGAAACACUUUUAAAGAUAUAUAUAUCUAUAUAUAUAUAUCUAUAGAUAGAUAUAGAUAAAUAAAUAGAUAAAUAGGGAAGUUAAAGGGCAAGGCGGUGGUGCCAUUUCCUAAGAAGACGAGCAAGGAAAUCUUUUAAACAUACCUAGAAAGGGAAGGUAGUGGGCAAGGCAGCAGGUGUGACAUUUCCUAAGAAGACCAACAAGAGAAACCCUUUUAUAGAUAGAUAGAGGGCAAGGUAGCAGUGGUAUUUCCUAAGACGACUAGCAAGGAAGUUGUUUAACCAUAGAUAGAUAGGGAAGUAGAGGGCAAGGCUUGAAGACAAAGCAUCCAUCCCAAGCCAACCUUCAUCUCCAAAACCCGGACGUUUCCAAAGAAGCACUGAAGUGCCCACCUCGAUCGAUCCGUGAGGCUUCUUUUGGGGUGACAACGAUAACAACAACGCCAUGUUCAGCUGGCUGGGCCACGACGACAAGCGGAGGAAGGACCCCGAAGUCUUCCAGACUGUGAGCGGCGGCCUCAAGAAGCUCUACAAGACCAAGCUGCUCCCGCUGGAGGAGUACUACAAGUUCCAUGAGUUCCACUCCCCGGCUCUGGAAGAUGCAGACUUCGACAAUAAACCCAUGGUGCUCCUGGUGGGGCAGUACUCCACGGGGAAGACCACCUUCAUCAGGUACCUUCUUGAGCAGGACUUUCCCGGGAUGCGCAUCGGUCCGGAGCCGACCACGGACUCCUUCAUUGCGGUGAUGCAGGGUGACGUGGAGGGCAUUGUCCCCGGGAAUGCCCUAGUCGUGGACCCCAAGCGGCCCUUCCGGAAGCUCAACGCCUUUGGCAAUGCCUUCCUCAACAGGUUUGUCUGUGCGCAGCUGCCCAACCCGGUGCUGGAGAGCAUCAGUGUCAUCGAUACGCCAGGGAUCCUUUCAGGGGAGAAGCAGAGGAUCAGUCGAGGGUACGACUUUGCGGCGGUGCUGGAGUGGUUUGCGGAGCGCGUGGACCGCAUCAUCCUGCUCUUCGACGCCCACAAGCUGGACAUUUCGGACGAGUUCUCGGAGGUGAUCAAGGCCCUGAAGAACCACGAGGACAAGAUGCGGGUGGUGCUGAACAAGGCGGACCAGAUCGAGACCCAGCAGCUGAUGCGGGUCUACGGGGCGCUGAUGUGGUCCCUGGGCAAGAUCGUCAACACCCCCGAGGUGGUGCGCGUCUACAUCGGCUCCUUCUGGUCCCACCCGCUCCUCAUCCCCGACAACCGCAAGCUCUUUGAGGCCGAGGAGCAGGACCUCUUCCGGGACAUCCAGAGCCUGCCCCGCAACGCCGCCCUCCGCAAGCUCAACGACCUCAUCAAGCGGGCACGGCUGGCCAAGGUCCAUGCCUACAUCAUUAGCUCCCUGAAGAAGGAGAUGCCCUCGGUGUUUGGCAAAGACAACAAGAAGAAGGAGCUGGUGAACAAUUUGGGGGAGAUCUACGGCCGGAUUGAGCGGGAGCACCAGAUUUCCCCGGGGGAUUUUCCGAACCUGAAGAAGAUGCAAGAGCAGCUGCAGGGCCAGGACUUCAGCAAGUUCCAGCCGCUGAAGCCGCGCCUGCUGGAGGCGGUGGAGGACAUGCUGGCGAGCGACAUUGCGGCGCUGAUGGUGCUGGUGCGGCAGGAGGAGGCGCAGCGCCCGGCGCAGAUGGUGAAGGGCGGCGCGUUCGAGGGGACGCUGCAGGGCCCCUUCGGGCAGGGCUACGGGGAGGGCGCCGGCGAGGGCAUCGACGAGGCCCACUGGGUGGUGGCGCGCGACAAGCCCAUGUACGACGAGAUCUUCUACACGCUCUCGCCCGUGGACGGCCGGGUGAGCGGGGCCAACGCCAAGAAGGAGAUGGUGCGCUCCAAGCUGCCCAACACCGUCCUGGGCAAGAUCUGGAAGCUCUCCGACAUCGACAAGGACGGCAUGCUGGACGACGAGGAGUUCGCCCUGGCCAACCACCUCAUCAAGGUCAAGCUGGAGGGGCACGAGCUGCCCAACGAGCUGCCCCCGCACCUGGUCCCGCCCUCCAAGCGCAAGAUGGCCGAGUGAAGGCGCCACGUCGGUCGGGACACACGCCACUCAUUGACUGUUGAGAUGCGAGGACUGCCAGCCAGGGCUAUAUAUAUGCAACAGACUCUUCCCUGGCUCCGUCUUGGAAGCCGUAGAAGGAAUGCAGUCGUGACAUCGCUUCCACCACUACCGUGACAAUAAUGAGAGGUGUGGUCCCGCUUUGGAGAAUAGAUGCAGUUUGAUACCACGUUUAACCACCGUGGGAUCAGGGAGGUGUAGCUUGUUUGCCAUGGCCUUUCACCUUCUCAGCCUGGGUGCAAAUACCGUGGUGACCGUUCCCAUCGUGUUUCUGCUCCAAGCUUGUCAUGGAGGGUCUGCACUGUAGAAUUAAUGUAGUUUGAUACCAGGAUUAUAUAUAUAUAUGCAAAGUAACUCUUUCCCUGGCUUUGAUCCAUGUUUGUAAGAGGAACAUCAAGGCAGAAACGACAGGUGUAUCUAUGCUGCAGAAUGAAUCCCUCCCUUCCAUAGCAGACUGCAUUAAUUCUACAUUGUGGACCAAGCAUGGGCAGACUUCGGCCCUCCCUCCAGGUGUUUUGGACUCCAACUCCCACCAUUCCAAACAGCCUCAGGCCCUUUCCUUUUCCCUUCAGCUGCUUAAGCAACAUGCAACAUGAUGCAAACAUGUGCCCACCUCCACUGAGGUGUAAAGCAGGCUGACUACAAAAUGGAGUCUUGUGUCUGAACAUGCUCAGUACAAUCCCAUGUCUAUAACCCCUCCCACACCACAUGCUUAAGCGGCUGAGGGGGAAAAGGAAGGGGCCUGGGGCUGUUAGGAAUGGUGGGAUUUGGAGUCCAAAACACCUGGAGGGAGAUCCCAAAUUGGCCCAGGCCUGGUGUAGACACACCUUUUCUCUCUCUUAAAGUCAAUGUGUUUACCGUUCAUCGCAACACAUAUGUCAUGUGUGUACAAGUGGAUUUGCAAGCCUCGGAGUCGCGUUUCCUUUUGUGUGUUCGUUCCAUUAUUAUUUUGGCAAAAGACACAGAGCCCUUUCUCGUCCCCUAAGCACUAACCAAACACACUCCCUUCUGAAUCGAUAUAUAUUCCGGAUUGGGAUUUCCGCCGCCCAAGCCAACGGAUUCCCCUAUUGAUUGAUUUUGCCGUCCUCGUGGCUCUCACUUCACGCUCAAACUGUGACCGGGAACAUACACUAAUAUAACUUAUUUUAUAUCUCUGUGUUAAUAAUAAUAAUAUUAUAUAUAAAUAUAUAAAUAUAUAUAUUCCGUCUAUGUACAAAAACAUCUUUAUCGCCGUGCAUUUAUUAUGAUAAUGUCUUAAUUAAAAGUUAAUGCAUUAAUUUUUUAUUUCUUUUUUUUUGUUGUAUUUUGCGUCCGAAAAGCGUUAUUAAAAAAUUAAGGUCCGA